GCGGCAGACUUUUACCCAGAAGCACCAGCUGCCGUUAAACAACACCUAAAAGUUCCGUAUUGUGGAGCUCCGUGUUUGGGACGAUAUAAUAUUUACUACCGCUGAGGUCUGACGAGACAGAGAGCUGAUCGGCAUGGCCUCACCUGAUGAUACUGAAGGGUGUCUGACUCCUGUGGAUUUCAUUCAGCUGCAGCAUUACAUGGAAUACAGCAGCUUACGGGUGAAAGAUGUGAUUAAAGAGUUUCAUCCUGGGGGUCGACUGGCUGAGCACAGCUUUGGAGAGUGCAUCGAUGCAGUGGGCUUUUGUCUUUUUCUAAAGACCUACCUUGAAGUGGAUGAUUUACCUGCACAUUUCUGCCAGCGCCUGUUUCACUAUUUUCAACAUGUUGAGCAGGAUGGGUUCACAAAGAGCCCCUUGUCCAAAGAAGGCGGUGUUUUUCUGCGUGACGUGUCCUGUUACUUCUCAGUGCUGGAGGAGGGACAGCCACGAGAGAAGCUUGAAUUUACUUUCAAGCUUUACGACAAAGAUUGCAACAAGCUCCUGGACAGCUCUGAAGUGGAUCGUAUAAUCACCCAGAUGAUGAGAGCUGCGAAUUACCUGGGCUGGGAUGUAACUGAACUCAGACCAGUGCUGAAAGACAUGAUGACAGCCAUCGAUGCAGAUAACAGUGGGACGGUCACUCUGGAGGAGUGGGUGAAAGGGGGGAUGAACAACGUGCCAUUACUGGUUCUGCUUGGACUGAAGAUGACAGAGAGGGACGGGCAGCACAUCUGGAGGAUGAAGCACUUUAACAAGCCGACCUACUGCAGCGUGUGUCAGGGCAUGCUGCUGGGCCUCGGGAAGCAGGGACUCUGCUGCAAUUGUUGCAAGUACACUGUCCACAGUCAGUGUGCUAACAAGAAUCCUGAACCCUGUGCUCGAACGUUUGUCAAAGCUAAAAAGGAGAUUGGUGUGCCUGCUCACGACUGGAUCCAAGCUGACUGCAAGUCCACAAAGUGUCAAGUCUGCCACAAGAAAAUCAAAACUUUAGCAGGACGGCGUUGUGUGUGGUGCCAGCAGAUGCGUCAUGAUGACUGUAUCCUCUCUGGUUUAUCAACCUGUGAUUGUGGACCACUGAAAGAUCACAUUCUGCCUCCGUGGGCCAUACACGCCGUUUCAAAGGAGGAGGAUACCAGCUUGUUAAACGUCACCCCUGAUGGUCAUGUCCUCCAGAUUCUUCCAAUUCCUGACACCCACCCACUUCUGGUGUUUGUAAACCCAAAGAGUGGAGGAAAGCAGGGUGAACGAGUUCUCAGGAAGUUUCAGUACCUGCUGAACCCUCGUCAGGUGUACAACCUGUCCAAUGGAGGCCCUGCUCCAGGACUCCACUUCUUCCGCAAUAUGCGCGAGUACAGAAUCCUUGCAUGUGGAGGAGACGGCACUGUUGGGUGGCUCCUGGAUGCUAUAGACAAAGCAGACCUGCAGGUCCAUCCUCCAGUAGCGGUCCUGCCACUGGGCACUGGGAAUGACUUGGCACGCUGUCUACGCUGGGGAGGAGGCUAUGAGGGCGCAGACUUGAGAGAAAUCCUGAAGGAGAUUGAAAUGAGUGAGUUGAUUGCGGUGGACCGCUGGAGCAUUCAGGUGAUCCCAGACGACCCCCAGGAGGUCGGAGACCCCGUGCCCUAUGAAAUCAUCAACAACUAUUUCUCCAUUGGUGUGGACGCCUCUAUUGCUCAUCGUUUCCACUCCAUGAGAGAGAAACACCCUCAGAGGUUCAAUAGCAGAAUGAAGAACAAACUUUGGUAUUUUGAGUUUGCCACUUCUGAGACCCUCUCUUCCUCCUGCAAGAGGCUAAAGGAUUGCCUCACAAUUGAUUGCUGUGGGAGAACUUUGGACCUGAGUAACCAAUCUCUGGAGGGGAUAGCUGUCCUCAACAUACCCAGCAUGCACGGUGGCUCUAACCUGUGGGGUGAAUGCAAAAAGCCUGAGGGAGUGACAGAGGUAGAGCGUGGUGAUGUGAUCACUGACCAGGAGAUUCUUAAAACCAUCCCACAAGACAUGAGUGAUAAGCGUUUGGAGGUGGUGGGGCUGGAGGGAGUCAUCGAGAUGGGACAGAUCUACACUGGCCUGAAGAGCGCAGGACACAGACUGGCACAGACUUCACAAAUUACCAUAAGGACAAUCAAAGCUCUGCCCAUGCAAAUUGAUGGGGAACCUUGGAUGCAGCCUCCGUGUACUAUCCACAUAACUCACAAGAACCAGGCAAACAUGCUGAUGGCUGCACCAGCGAAGCCGUCUGGCUUUUUUCACCUCAAAUAAAUUUACAUUUCUACAUCAUCCUGCGGUCUGCUGUGCAUCCCACCAGACCUGCUGCUGUAUUUUAUCAUGAGAGGGAUGCAGAAAAGUCUACUGUGCAAUGAUUAACUCUGUGUUUGUACCAUUAAGUUUUAUUGUGUAUGUCUCUUUCUCCUGAUCACUGAUAUAAAUUAAGUUGCAUUAUUAAGUAAUGAAAGCUUACACUUGGGCAGAGAACAAACUGACAGAACCAACUAGAAGUGCUCAUUUUCCCUCUCAGUCUGAUCGCUGCUAUUGUGUGCCAAUUUAUUGUGAUGGAUUUUGUUUGUUUUUGUAAAUAAAAAUGUGGAGCAUGAUGCUUGACCUGAAUCACAGGGAUAAGGAAAAUCUCACCGUAUUCAUGUCCUUAUAGCUUUGUUUUUGUUGAAUGUAAUUACUGUUUGGUUAUGUUUUAUGUAUAAAUCUUAAAGAUUUAUAUGCUGAUGUAGUGAACUGGCUUGUUUAACCUUCAGAAGCUCAUUGUGCUCAAAAUCAUUGAUAUUUCUAAUUCUGAAACACUGUCAGUGUUCAUCACAUGGAAAGAGAAUAUCAGGUUUUUUGUCUGUAUGUCUUGUGAUUGUGCUGGAAAAAUAAUGGCAGGAAAACUUGAUUGAAUGUGACUGAGUACUUAAAAAGUUUUAAGGUUUAAUAUUGAUCUCUUAAAUAACUUAAGUUUAGUAUAUAGCAGCCUUUCAUUGUUUAGGAUAUAUUAGAGAGAAGACAUGUUUAUUUCACUUCCCUUUACAAACAGUUUCACUCUUUACAUCUUCUGUAUAACAUGAUUUGCUCAUUACUUUGGAAUAUUUGUCAGAAAUGACACAAAUACUCUGAAUCUCACAGAAUAAAGUUAUUAUGAAAAAUUUAAGAUACAAUUCAAACAUUUAGUACUGGAUCAAUGUCUGGAGGAAAAUGCGAAUGUUUACCUUUCUUCCAGUGAUGUGCAUUACGCGUCUGUCUUGUGUUGUAUUUUUACUGUAUAUACUUUUAACAUCAUGUCUGACUAUUUAUUUUCAUAUUGC